AUGGCCAUUCUGCCGGGCAUCAUCUACAACCAGCUCUUCGUGUCACUCCCCGAGCCGACCGAAGUUCAGCCUAACCGGCCAGACAGUGAUUAUCACCGGUGCGAAUACCUGGCCUGGAUUCGAAGCAGCGCGCCAUUUGCUGUCCGGAGCCUCGACAAGGGAAAGGAGACCCAACGACGCAUUGAGUCCACGGGGCGAAGAGGUGCUGUCGACGUGUGGGGGCUCGAUCUUUCCAGCUGCGAGUCGGUCAAGAUAUUUGCGAGGAGCUGUGAUAGCGACCUCCCCAGGUUGGAUUGUGUGAUUGAGAACGCGGCUUUGGGUCCUCACUCCUACGUCGCCCUGGAAGACAAUGAGGCUGCCUUGACGGUAAAUGUUGUCAGCACGUUCCUGCUGGGCACCUUGUUGCUGCCGCUGUGUCGGAAAACCGCACACUCCUUCAACACCCAGCCACGGUUGACCUUCAUCGUCUCCGAUGUUCACGGCAUGGCACACCUUCCCGAGAGGCAUCAGCCUAACGUCUUCGCCGCGUUGAAUGCGGAUAAGUCCGUUCAGGGAAUACGGCGUCGUUAUGAAGUGACAAAGCUGCUGGGUGUCAUCCUAACAAGAGAGCUUGCCUCCCGCGUGGGAGAGCCUGGCAACCAUGGUGCAGAGGGGCGCCGCUGUGGGUUCGACCACUGGCCGCUCUUCUUCGACUGGUUUUGGCUCGGACUACAGAGAUGGGGAGUCGUGCACAUAUUUUCGCCGGUGCUGGAUCGGCCGCAACACAUGGCCAGUACAUGA